UAGUCCUCAGCUGCCAGCAUCUGAUUAAAACCAUAUCGCUCGCUGUGAGUGGCUGACUAAUCUCAAGGCGAGAGUGCAGCCGAAUAUUUAACCGGGGCCCCGGUCCCAGCCAGGCUACGGCUGCGCUCGGCGGAUCAUGCACGGAGCGGCACGGAUCUAGCCCCCUACAGUGAACGUAACUGGCCACAAUCCCAUCAUGUCUACUGAAGCUGAAACUGCUGCUCCCAACAGCCAGCCUGAACAACAGGCUCCACCAAAGGCACAGUCUUCAAAGAAGGAAAAAAAGAAAGGGCCAGAAAAAACAGAUGAAACCCUCUUGGCUAGAUUCAAAGGUGAUGGUGUAAAAUACAAGGCUAAACUGAUUGGCAUAGAUGAUGUUCCUGAGGCAAGAGGAGACAAAAUGAGUCAGGAUUCAAUGAUGAAGCUGAAGGGAAUGGCAGCAGCAGCCCGUUCCCAGGGUCAGCACAAACAGAAGAUCUGGGUAAACAUCUCCCUCUCUGGAAUCAAGAUUAUAGAUGAGAAAACUGGGGUCAUAGAGCAUGAGCAUCCAGUAAACAAAAUCUCCUUUAUUGCUCGGGAUGUAACAGACAAUCGUGCCUUUGGCUAUAUAUGUGGAGGAGAAGGCCAGCACCAAUUCUUUGCCAUAAAAACAGCCCAACAGGCUGAGCCUCUGGUUUCUGAUCUUAAGGACCUCUUCCAACUAAUCUAUAAUAUGAAGAAGAAGGAAGAAGAAGAAAAGAAAAAGAGUGAAGAAGCAAGUAAGACUGAGAAUGGUGGUGAAGAACUGCCUGCUGAUCAAGCUGACAAGGCGAAACUGGGAGUUGACCAGAUGGACUUGUUUGGGGAUAUGUCAACACCCCCUGAUAUGAGCAGCCCCACAGAGGCUAAAGAGAUUCUGUUAGUGGAUUUUAAUUCUGAAAUUGAGACCAAACAAACCUUUGCAAAAGAGGAUCUCUUCUUGAAUGGCAUCACAGCCUCUCUUCCACAACCAAAGGCACAGACACCCUUCUUGCCUGAGAGUUCUUUCUCUACCAAUCUCAGCUUCUUUCCUACACCUAAUCCAAACCCUUUCAGUGAUGAUCCUUUCACACAGCCAGCCCAAUCUGCACCACCUUCAUUUGAUUCUCUAAAAUCUGAUCAGAAGAGAAGUCCAACUACAUCAGGGGGUAAUGGUGCUUCAAACGGUGAUAUUGACUACUUUGAUAAACAGUUUGACCAGAUUUCUAAUAGAACUGGCAAACGAGAAGCACUGACAUGCCUGUGGCCACUUGAGAGUAAGUCACCUGCAGCAAGAAUUCCCAAUGUGAUACCAGAGAGAGAACGGAAUGGCUUUCUUGAAGUCCCAACAAAACUGGUUGUGGAAGGUGCUUCCAAAGGAACAUCUCUGAGAAUGGAGUAGCAGAAUGGAGUAAAUCUGGAUUCUGAAAACAAUAUCCAAUUUGUGCCACAUGAGCCUAUAACAAUUAGCCCACCACCACAGAGUACCAAGCCAGGAAGAGGAAGGUUUCAUAGUCUGACUGCAUCGAAUGACUUACUCAGCUCAGACUUCUUUGUGCCAUCUACGGAGAGCCUUAACUUGAGCUCAGGGUCACAGGCAGGAGCUCAGCUGACUAGUCCACUGGACCUCUUCAAAACAAGUUCUACCAUAGCAUCUCCACUGGCUGGUCUAGGUGGUUUGCCAGUCACUUCAUCACCAUGGACCCCGCAAACAGUUUCCUUCACUCAGGCUACAUCAGUCUUCCACGGGUCUAUGAUGUCUGCGCAGUCUCCAGGAUUUACUCAACCACUUGCCUUUGGCACUCAAGCAGUGCCAGGCUGGAACCAAUCUUCAUCCUUUGGUACCACAUCCACUCAGUCUUCUGGUCUCUGGCCGCAGCCAGCACAAGUGCCACCUAGUUCUUGGGCACAGCCAACCAGUGCUGUAAAUCCUUUCCAGAGCAGUGUGUUCACAUCUCCAACGCUACCAGCUCAGACAGCCUCGGCUCUGCCCUCCAUGUCAACAUCAGCUAGCCCACCUCAGCCACCACCCAGAACUACACAGCAGAAGGAGCUGUCCAAGAAAGAGAGCGAUGCAUUCAUUGCUCUGGAUCCACUUGGGGAUAAAGAAAUGAAGGAUGUCAAGGAAAUGUUCAAAGACUUCCAGCUGACAAAGCCACCUGCAGUACCAGCAAGGAGAGGAGAACAGCCAAGCCUUUCAGAACCACCAAAGCCUGUUCCUCGACAAAGUGCGCUCCCACAAAUACCAAAACCUCUAAAUGACAUUACCACCACAAAAAAAGCCAUCAAUUUUUUUUUUUUCUCCUUAAAGGAAUCUCAGAAUCCACCUUCUGGUCCUUUUGGUCAUGAAUUUGGCAACCCAUUUGCAUAGAUCAGGCAUAACCAGAAAAGGACAAAUGGAAUAACUGGACCUCUUCUCAACGUGAUUUUUCUACGUGUUUCACUUUGCUGUCUGCUAUUCUUGCUGUUGCUUCAUGAUGUCUGCAAUCUAAAAUAUAUCCAGGUGGAUUGAAGCAUGGACCCUCAAAGAACAUGCUGUGAAGAUGAUAAUUCAGGGCAAAGCAAAUGGGGAUAUUGACUCACGCUGAAAACCCAAAUUCAGAUUGGUGGAUGUUACCUUUACUUUAGUUCUUUGCACUCCUCUACAGAGAGGUUGGCAGCACUGAGUAAUGUCUUGUACCAUUUCCCUUUACAUGGCACUUACUGUCCCAGAAUAGAGGAACUUAAUGUACCCUAGGGGAGAGUUGUUGCCUUUGCAUAAGGGUGUUGAAUUAGUAGCUAAAACUCCACACAUUUAAACAACUAGGUCAGUUGCCCAUUAUGACAGCAGCAGCCAGUUGUAAAGUGGAUGCUACUCAAUUCUAACUGGUGACUAGACAGAUGGCUUGGUCUUCUAGCCACAAAAAUUUAACUAUGUGUAGAGGAAAAUAAUAUUACUCUAUUUAACUAAAAGUAUCAUUCCACCACAAAUGUGUCAUUAAGGGACUGCGGGGUCUGUAACAGCGCUGCUGAAGCCCUGAGUACUAGAGGCCUACACUGUAAGCUGCAAAACUUCUUGCAGAACAUUUAGGUAGUUGUGGACACUAACUGUUGUCUUGGUGCUAAUAUGGCAGUUUUCAGGGAGGGAAAUCUACUAGGAUUACUUUUCUAUUAAGGUGGCUUGGCAAACAAAUGAAACAGGAAGGUAGGGUUCUUUCUUACAUCUCAGUGAAUCCCUGAUGUGCUAAGUUUGAGUUGUCAUGGUGUAGUGGGGUAUGUUUCCAGCAUGCUAGAAAACAAAAACACCAAAAUAGCUUCACUCCAUGCCUAGGUUCCUUGUGAACAGAUGCACCAUCUCUGUGCUAUUAAUGUGAGGUAGUACUCUAUCUUUUGGAAAACAUGCCUCUUCUCAAGAGCCUCUUUACUAACAGGGUUUUGAACCAGUUACAACUGCCUGUAACAGCUACAUUCUUGGCCAGUGGUGAUGACUGAUGUGUCAGAAGUUUUUCUGUUAUUGUUAAGUAUAAACUUGAAAUGUUAUUGUUAAAUCAAAUGCCUAAGCUGUUGCUAAACUGGAGAGCUAAGAAAGUCAACUUGAAUACAGCCUUAGUAUCCAAUUCAGCCAGUCAUGCAAUUAGUUGUGUAUACAAACUUCUCUUGCACUUUCUGUAAUGCAAAAAAAAAAAUUUUAAAAAAAUAAAAUCACAAAUUUAAGUAUUUGUCUCAAACUGGAAAUGUAGAAACUUAUUGAUGUUACACUGUUAUAUAAAACUGUAGUAUCUGUUACUUAAUGACAUUAAAAAGAAGCAACUCUUCAUACCAAAUAAG